UACUCAAAUCGCAUUCGUGCCUUCUCGAAGUCACACGUACGAAGUUUACCCAAUCUAUCUCGAAGAUGUCUGGACGUGGAAAAGGUGGUGCUGGAAAGGCCAAGGGCAAGUCAAAGACCCGCUCGACUCGUGCCGGACUUCAAUUCCCAGUCGGCAGGAUCCAUCGUCUGCUGCGCAAAGGCAACUACGCCGAGCGAGUCGGUGCCGGAGCUCCAGUCUACUUGGCCGCUGUCAUGGAAUACUUGGCCGCUGAGGUCCUCGAGUUGGCUGGCAACGCUGCUCGCGACAACAAGAAGACGAGAAUCAUCCCCAGACAUCUCCAAUUGGCCAUUCGUAAUGACGAAGAAUUGAACAAACUCCUCUCCGGAGUUACCAUUGCCCAAGGUGGUGUAUUGCCCAACAUCCAGGCCGUACUUCUGCCCAAGAAGACCGAGAAGAAGGCUUAAAUUUCUCUACCAAACGCUUGACACCUCUUAAAAA